UGAAGAAGAGAAUGUUAUGGGUGAUGACGAAGGGGAGGGUAGUGAAGGUGAAGAGAAGGAUGAUCAAGCCGAUGAAGAUUCUGACUCAAAAGAAAAAAAUGAUAAUGGCAGUGAUGAUGAUGCCACUGAUAGUGAGGAGAAGAAUUUCGUUGAUUUCAAUGACGGCCCUACUCAAAUAGAUGUUGAGGCUACUGUUCAGUCCGGGGUAAAAGCAGUUGAGCUUAUGGUAAUGUUGCUUUUGUGUUGUUUUUUGGUUGUGUAAAGGUUGUUAUUUUUUAACCAUGCUCUAAUUCCUUUUUAAUACCAUAUAUAAACAGAUGUCUUUAGAUGGAAUUGGUGGUGAUCCUUGUAAACAGAUUUCAGUUUCUGAAAAUGUUGAGGUUACGGAUCGUCGUCUUGUUUGUUUUGAGAUGGGUGCAACAGGUCUCAAUGUUGAUUCUAACAUUGAACUUGAAGAUGACCCAAUUCCCGUUGAAGAAACUCCUCUUGUUGACAAGAGGAAAUCUAAGAAACCCAUAGCGCUGACGUCUCCGUUUAUGGAGUAUGACUCUUCCAUUUCUAGUUCUAAAGAUGGUUCUGGUUAUGGAGUUGUUAAGUAUGUGGCUGGGUUGUGUCCUCUCGAUGAUAAGAUUGGUGAAGAUGUAGAACAUAAAGACGAGAUUGAUUUUGACUUGUGGCUUGGUGAAGGACGCCGAUCGAAGAAAGAUCCGCAUGAUAAGGAGAAGGUUUACUUGAAGGGUAAGGAUAAGAUUGUUCCCCCUUUUCGUUUUGGCGUGGAAGAUGUUGCAACCAAGAUGUGGUUCCACAAGCUUGCAUAUCCUGGCCAAUGUUUGACUAAUUCUCAUCUGGACAUCAUUUUUUACUAUCUACGUAAAAAAGGAAAGUAUGCAAAGGAGCCAAAGGUUAAGUUCACAACCACCGAUUGCUUAUUCUUCAAAACCAUUCAUGCUUUGUAUGAAAAAUUUAUUGCACAGAAAAAAAAAUCUUUCUUUGAUAACUGCCCAGCAUGCCAUUGCUGAUUAUAUAAGAGGUAGAAAAAUGUUAUGUGGUUCCCCUUGGCAUUUGUGCGAUCAUGUUUUCUUUAUCAUCCAUAUGGAGACUGAAUCACAUUGGAUUCUUGGUCGAUUGAAUAUUGAGGAAAGGCGUGUGUACAUGUACAACUCCUUGUCGACUGCUAUGAAAGAUAGUGCUGCUAUCAAAGCUUGUCAGCCAUUUGCGGUGUUGUUGCC